CCACCGCCCGCCAUCGCACACACACACACACACACACAAACUCCCAAGACACCUCUCCUUCCUCACACUCUCACAUAACCCACGGAGUCCACUCUUCCUCACGACCACCACUUUUUAGUCUCUUUCCCCGAACCCACCGCCUUCCCUUCCCUAACCCGUCUUUCUUAGGUUGAGUCAGCCACAGGCCCCCUGCUCUACACCGCACCUCUCUUUCUUCAUUCUCUCCUUCCUGGACAAUAUCCCGUGGGGGUCGCGCUAAGCAUUUCACCUGCCUCCUUCCUCGCCUCCGAAUACCCUGGGGACGAAAUACCACCGACCCGGCGCAUACAAUCCACAACGAGAACCCCGACGCAGUCCAACGACGGACACACCCACGUCGCUCCCAACCGUCGCAACCAUCAUACUCAAGAGCGUGUGAACCACAGGUUAUAACACAUACACACAUACAGUCACGAACCCUCGAAACCGCGCCCAAUAUGGAGGACCAGCUGGUUUCGCUGCUGGCCAACACCCAGAGCUCCGAUCAGGGUCCCCGCCAACAGGCCGAGAUCGAGCUCAAGCACGCUCGCGCGAACCCGGCCUUCCCUACCUCGCUGGCCAACAUUGCCAACCACAACUCCAUCGACGUGGCAAUCCGCCAGGCCGCCCUCAGCACUCUGCGCCUCUUUAUCGAGAAGAACUGGAACCCAGAGGACAGGGACUUUGCUGAGCCCCCCGUCGACAUCUCUGAUGCGUCACGCGAGCAGCUGCGGAAUACUCUGCUCGAGAUUGCCCUCAGCGAUGAGGACAAGAGGCCUGUCAAGGUUGCUGCUAGCUAUGCUAUCGGCAAGAUUGCGUCCGCCGACUUCCCCGAGCGAUGGCCCAGCCUACUGCCCACCGUCCUGGGCGUCAUUCCCACAAGCACCGACGUUCAACUUCACGGCGCCCUGCGAGUCCUGGGCGACAUUAUUGAUGAGAGCUUGAGUGAGGACCAAUUCUUCACCAUGGCGCGGGAUAUUGUCAAGGCUGUCACCGAAGUCGCCCUCAACGAGAACCGGAAACCCAACCUGCGCGCCCUCGCCAUCUCCGUCUUCCGAUCGUGUUUCGACCUCAUGGAUAUCGUCAAGGAGGACCAUAUGAAGGAAGUCAGGGGCUUUGCCGAGGAGGCGCUCAAGGACUGGUACCCCUUUUUCGCCCAGGUGCUCAAGUCCCGCCUCCCCGAAGCCGCUGGCGAGCUCACCAGCAACGGCCAGCCCCCGAGCUGGAACCACAUUAUUGCACUCAAGCUGCAGGUGGUCAAGACUCUAUUGAAGGUCAAGUCUGUCUUCCCGCACCUGCUCCUGCCGCACAGCACGAGCCUGUUUACUGCCGUCUGGGAGGAGCUCUCCCUCUUGCAGAAGCCCCAUGAGGACCUCUACAUAGGACACGAGGCCCAGGGCCGUCUCGAGGACUCGGACAGCCUGCCGUACACUCUGGACUUUUUGAUUCUCGAGGAGCUCGACUUCCUCAACCAGUGCUUCCGCGCGCCGCCCGUCCAGGCCGAGCUUGAGGCCCAGCUGUCUGCCCACGCUUCGGCAGGGGAGACCCCCUGGAUGGUCGACGUCAUGAAGAUGGUUGUCGGAUACUCUCGCAUCAGCCGCGAGGAGGAGGAGCUAUGGGAUAUUGACUGCUCUCUGUACCUUGCCGAGGAGACCAGCGUUACGGCAAACUACACUGCGCGCACGGCAUCCGGCGACUUGCUCAUCAAGCUUGGCGAGUGGUAUAGCGAAAAGGCAGUCGAGGGCCUGUUUGGCUACACCAAGACUCUUUUCCCCGGCGAUGGGUCCACGUGGAGAAGCCAGGAGGCGUCACUUUACCUUUUCAACAUGCUCCUGAGCGACUUCCAGGAUAUGGAGAAGCCCAUCCCCGAGGCGUUGUCUGAGGCCUACCUGGGCCUGGUCGAUUACGCUGUCAACCAAAACGAGCAGCCCCUCCUGAGAGCCCGAGGCUACCUCGUUGGAGGCACCCUUGCCCGUGGUUUCCAGACUCCUCCUGCUCUCUUCGACCGCAUCAUCCAAUGCAUCACCUCCGAAGAGUCCGAAGUUGUUCAGGUCGCCUGCAUCAAGGCCGUCGAGGGCUUCAUCCGCUCCGGCAGGGUCGCGGCUGACCGCCAAGUUCCCAUCAUCAACGCCAUUGCGCAGUACAUGCAGAACAAGGACCCUGAGGAGAUGGAGGAUGCCGACGAGCUCCUCGUUACCCUCGCUGAGUCUCUGCGUGCUGCCAUCAACAUGGACACCAGAAUUGUCCUCUCCCAGGAUGUUCCUUCUGUCGACCUUCUCUUCAUGGUUGCCAAACUUGGCGCCUCCAACUUCCAGGCUACCAUGUUGAUUUGCGAGGCCUUUGAGGAGAUCGUUCGCGCCCUAUCCGAUACCGCUUCGUACACUGCGCUCUGCGCCAAGAUUCUGCCCACGCUUACUGCGGCCUUCAACACCGCCAACGUCACCCAGGACGAUCCUCUCGUCACCGUUGCCACCGAAUUGCUUACCGCGCUUGUCGAGCACGGCUCCGAGCCCCUGCCUGCUGGUUUCGUCGCCGCCACGCUUCCUAAGCUGAACCGUCUGUUGAUGGAAUCAAACGAGGGCGAGGUCCUCCGCCCCGGUGCCGAGUCCGUCAAGUACCUCCUGAUGCAUGACCACCACCAAGUCUUUGGCUGGCACGACGAGAACAACCGCUCGGGUCUGGAAGUCUGCCUCCAUAUCAUUGACCGCUUGUUGGGACCUUCUGUCGAGGACAACUCUGCUUCCGAGGUUGGUGGACUCGCAGCAGAGCUCGUCGAGAAGGCCGGACAGGAGCGUCUUGGCCCCUUUCUGCCUCAGCUGUUGCAAGCUGUUGCUACCAGAUUGGCGUCUGCUGAGGCAGCUCCUUUCAUCCAGUCUCUGAUCCUUGUCUUUGCUCGUCUGUCCCUCGUCGGCGCUAGUGAUGUAGUCGAAUUCCUCAGUCAGAUCCAGAUCCAUGGAAACACCGGUUUGCAGGUCGUUUUGAGCAAGUGGCUUGAGAACUCAGUCAGCUUUGCAGGCUACGAUGAGAUUCGUCAAAAUGUUAUUGCUUUGUCCAAGCUUUACUCUCUGAACGAUCCCCGUCUCGCCCAGACAAUGGUCAAAGGCGACCUCAUCGUGAACAGCAACAACGAUGGCAGAAUUAUGACGCGCUCACGCGCCAAAGCCACAGACCCUGACCAAUACACCGUCAUUCCUGCCUCCUUGAAGAUUCUCAAGGUCCUCAUCGAGGAGCUUCUUUCCGCGUCUGGAGCCAACGCCGCCGCAAAUGCCGCAGCAGUAGCCGCCGCAGCAGAGUUCGCCGAUGAGGAGAAUGAAGACGAUGGAUGGGAGGAUGAGCCCGAGACGCUCGACCUUAGCCUGGGCGGCACCAAGGCGGAUCUGAUGUCCUUCAUCGAAGGCUCGGGUGCCCGCCAACGCGACGACGAGACGCAGGCGUACCUGACCGAGUUCUUUAUGCGCGCGGCGCGCGAGAACGUGGCCAACUUCCAGGAAUGGUACGGCAUGCUCACCGAGGAGGAGCGAGGAAAGCUUAACGAGCUGGCUAGCGCUGCGGCCCAGUAG